AUGACCGAUUUCACAUUUGUAGUUUCAGACGGCAUCUCAAAACGACCUUUAGCGUCUACCAGGAGUCACGCAGUCAAGAGCGGUUUACAACGCAAGAGUCGAGCAAUAGAUCCUAGGGGGUCCAAGGAUUCCCAGCUCACCAUCAGGCAAAAAGAUACACUCAAGGGUCGAUUCAGGGUCUCGAACGGGCCAAGCAAGUCUCAACAGGUUUCUCAGUUGAUCAAGGAGAAACAAGCCGCCACAGCAUCGACAGUCAGGACUCUCACAAAAGACUCUGCCAACUCACCAGGGGAUGUCACCGCUGACCACCUUGACGCCGGUACUUAUCCCAACACGCCAUGGGAUCUUGUCAAAGCUCCCAGCCAAGGCCGGGGAGACCCUUUCAACGCGUUUCCCAUUCCUCUAACUGACAAUGACGACAAGUUGAUCAGAUUCUUCAUUUCUCGAUUCGACCUUCGCGCUACCAUUGCCUACAUCCGAAAGCAAUGGUGGGAAGGCUACGCCUUUUCAGAUCCCCUGCUCAUGCAUACAACAUUGGGCUUGGCAGCAGCUCUCUGGUCACAGCUGCUGCCGGAUCCCAGAAAGGUGGCGAACGAAGGAUGUAAGCAAAAGGCCCUAGUAAUUCAGGGCGUUCGGGAAAGACUAGCUAUGGGUGUCAACGAUAUGAUACUGAUCGGGACGAUCGCCAGUCUUGCCAACAUCGAGGGCACUGAAGGAAACUAUGAGGCUGCCUGUGUGCACCUGAGAGCUGUUGAUCUCUUGAUCCGAGCGAGACGAGGCUAUGAUGAGCUCAAGGAGAAUGUCAACGUCCCUCGCGUGAUAAACUGGUCCGACAUUCAAGCUGCUAUUGGACUGGGUACAAAGCCCAUACUUCCCAUGAUCCUUACCAUGGAUACGAUAUCGCUUCCACUCCGUAUACUUGACGCUGCCAAUACCCCAAGCCUAGCGCAUUUAGGAGUGUUCGAGUCCAGCUUCGAGGACACAACCAUUCAGGACAACUUCUCGCUUGUACGGCAGGCACAAUACUCAUUGAAGUCGAAGGACGUGCCCAUGCAAGACUUUCGUGUACUGAUCAACGUUGUUGACCACCAUCUUCAGACAACUCUGGGGGGCGAUGGUCUCACGUCCCAAGGGCGCAUCCUCGUGACGACAGCACACGCCUUUUUCUACUUGAUCAUUCGGGAACUGGUCCCGGGCCAUCACCUGCCUCGAGCGAUUCUUAGACGCCUUAGGGAACAGUUGCGGGAGGAUUUUAUGCUGUUUUCCAGCCAGCCAGUGUUCCAACCAGGGUUACUCUGGUGUCUGGUGAUAGGGGCAUCCGCGGCUUUUGAGUCUGGCCAAGACUGGGAUUUCUUUUCCGGUAACUUGUCCAAGGCACUCAUCUUACUGGGUGUUUCGAAUUCUUUGGAGCUCGAAGUGAUCUUGGCAGACUUUUUAUGGCAUGAGAAGUUUCCUGGGAAGUUUCUCGCCCAGUAUGGUCACAGGCUGUUUCCGCUCAUGUUGGGGGCUUCAUAA